GCCGGGCGCGAGCGACGCAGCUCACCUGCCGCGGGCGCCACCACGGACGUGCCACGCGGGUGGCCCUCGCUAUUCGGCAGCACCGAAGGAGCCCCCCCCUCGGUCUGGGCGUGCCAAGAGGACAGGGGUUAAAAUGAACGAAGACCCGAAGGUCAAUUUAAGCGGGCUGCCUCGGGACUGUAUAGAAGCUGGUACUCCGGAGAACAUCUCAGCCGCUGUCCCCUCCCAGGGCUCUGUUGUGGAGUCAGAACCCGAGCUCGUUGUCAACCCCUGGGACAUUGUCUUGUGCAGCUCAGGAACCCUCAUCUGCUGUGAAAAUGCCGUUGUGGUCCUUAUCAUCUUCCACAGCCCCAGCCUGCGAGCACCCAUGUUCCUGCUGAUAGGCAGCCUGGCUCUGGCAGACCUGCUGGCUGGUCUGGGACUCAUCAUCAAUUUUGUUUUUGCCUACCUGCUUCAGUCAGAAGCCACCAAGCUGGUCACAAUUGGACUCAUUGUCGCCUCUUUCUCUGCCUCUGUCUGCAGUUUGUUGGUUAUCAUGGGACUGAUGUAUUACGCCCUGACGCAUAAUUACCCCGAGAGGACCACCUUUACCUAUGUCAUGCUAGUGAUGUUGGGAACUUCCAUCUGCCUGGGCUGCCCAAGCUUCAUGGGCUGGAACUGCUUGAGGGAUAGUCCACCUGCAGCGUGGGUCAGACCCCUCACUAAGAACAACGCCGCCAUUCUCUCCAUCUCCUUCCUCUUCAUGUUCGCACUGAUGCUCCAGCUCUACAUCCAGAUUUGUAAGAUUGUGAUGAGGCACGCCCAUCAGAUAGCCCUGCAGCACCACUUCCUGGCUACGUCGCACUACGUGACUACCCGGAAAGGGAUCUCCACCCUGGCUCUUAUCCUGGGGACCUUUGCUGCCUGCUGGAUGCCUUUUACCCUCUAUUCCUUGAUCGCCGAUUACACCUACCCCUCCAUCUACACCUACGCCACCCUCCUGCCCGCCACGUACAAUUCCAUCAUCAACCCUGUCAUAUAUGCUUUCAGAAACCAAGAGAUCCAGAAAGCCCUCUGCCUCAUCUGCUGUGGGUGCAUCCCUAACACGCUGACCCAGAGAGCACGCUCUCCCAGCGAUGUGUAGCAGCCUUCUCCCCACAGGACGCUGGCUCUACCAAGCGCCCCACUGCCCAGGGCAGCCCGUGACUUCCUCCCCUUAAAUUCUUUGCACUGGAUCUCACAGGCAGAAGCAAUGACAUCUUUUAGACUAGUGUUGACAGUGGAAAUCAUGUUACCAGUGUUUUAAAAAACUCAACUUCUCGGCUUAGCAUUCUGUUGUUUGGUUUGGGAAUUAGGAGUUGUUUGUUUGUUUGUUUGUUUGUUUGUUUGGAGGGUGUAGUGGCACCUCCUGUGGCCGUAAAAUUAUACACAAGUCUCGGGAUUUUUAACCUAGACUUGAAAAUAAAUCAGUUUUAAAGGAAACUGGA